UAUUUGUUGCGCCAUAGAUAAUGGUAAGCGGGUUGUUAAUUGUAAUUUGUUUAUUUUAUUAACUUGUUUCAUCUUCCUAUCAUCACCUUAUGAAGUAUUUGCAACUGACAUUUAGCAUAAAUAUGUGAAUGUGGAUUAGGACUUACCAAAUAUUUAAUCCAUCUGUUCAGCCUACAUCAUAUCUAACACGAUUUUCAGAAGUAGAAGAAACAUUUAAAAGAUUAUUGGCACACAAAGGAGUUAUUGGUGCAAUUAUUGUAAGCUCAGAUGGGAUCGCAGUAAGAACUUCCAUGGAUAACAGUACCACAAAUCAUUACUGUGGUCUUAUUCAACAAUUGGUAGCAAAAUCGCGUUCUGCUGUUCGUGAUUUAGAUCCAUCUAAUGAUUUAACAUUUUUGCGUAUACGAAGUACUCGAAAUGAAAUUAUGGUAGCACCAGAUCGUGAUUACAGUCUCAUCGUUAUACAAGAAACAAGCACAGAAUAAAACGUUUUAUUGUUUAUACGGUUUUAGAUCCUUGAAGAAAAUAACAAUAUUUAUGCCUAAUAACUAACGGUAACUUAACUUCAUGGUUUUCGGUGCUAUGGUUCGUUUUUUUCAAC